GAUGAGGCCCUGUAUGCCACCCAAUCAUCAAGACAUUUGAACGAGGCUGCCCAUCACAGCAAACUACCCCUCCGACUGCGAUUUACUGUCCCUCGCGACAUCCCCGCGAUUCCCCGGGCCGAAACCUCGUCUCCGGAGCUGGCCUCGUCGCCGUUUUUCAAAAUGACGCAGUCGCCCAUGAUCUCCUCGCCUCUCAAGGCUACAAACGAAAUCGACUGGGUCACCCCGCUGAAGGACUACAUCAGGGAUACAUACGGCGAUGAUCCAGAGCGCUAUGCUGAGGAGUGCGCCACCCUCAAUCGUCUACGACAAGACGUGAGAGGCGCCGGCAAGGACAGCACCUCGGGCCGCGAUAUGCUCUACAGAUACUAUGGCCAGCUCGAGCUCCUCGACCUGCGCUUUCCUGUCGAUGAGCAACACAUCAAGAUCUCCUUCACUUGGUUCGAUGCCUUUACACACAAAUCGACGGCCCAAUACUCGCUUGCUUUCGAAAAGGCUUCCAUAAUAUUCAACAUCUCCGCCGUCCUAUCAUGCCACGCCGCCCACCAAACGAGAUCCGAGGAGUCAGGUCUCAAAGCCGCGUACCACUCUUUCCAGGCCUCCGCCGGCAUGUUCACUUACAUCAACGAGAACUUCCUCCACGCACCUUCGUCCGAUCUUAGCCGCGAAACCGUCAAGACCCUCAUCUCGAUCAUGUUGGCACAGGCUCAAGAGGUUUUCUUAGAGAAGCAGGUGGCGGAUCAGAAGAAGGUGGCCUUGCUGGCCAAGCUCUCCAGCCAGGCAGCAUACUUGUACGGGCAAGCUGUUGAGGGUGUCCAGGACAACUUCAAUAGAGCCAUAUUCGAGAAGGUCUGGCUUCUCAUGGUUCAGGUGAAAUUCAACCUCCUGAGCUCCAUGUCGCAGUACUACCAAGCCCUCGCCGACGACGAAGCUGGUCAACAUGGAACUGCUGUCGCUAGACUCCAAGCUGCAGAGACUCAUGGCAAGGAGGCAAACCGCAUCGCCACCAAUUUCCCCAACUCAGUACCCCCGAGCUCGAACCUCGGCGCCGAGACCGGUGGGCUUUUAGUCGACUUUAGCAAACGGCAUCUGUCGACUGUCCAGGACAAGCUCAAGGAAUUCAGCAAGGAUAACGAUUUCAUCUACCACCAAACCGUACCCGCAGAGGCUAGCCUUCCACCCGUCCCGAAGCUUCCUGCGUCGAAACCAAUCCCUGUCAGCGAGCUCUACGCCGGCCAAGAUAUUCAGCGCAUUACGGGGCCGGAUCUUUUCUCCAAGAUUGUGCCCCUGGCUGUGACGGAAUCGGCCAGUCUCUACGACGAGGAGAAGGCCAAGUUGAUUAGAGCCGAGACGGAACGAGUAGACACGGCGAACAGUGAAAUGGCAGCAAGUCUGGAUUACCUGAGGCUCCCUGGUGCUCUGCAGGUUCUCAAAGGUGGUUUCGAUCAAGAAAUUAUGCCGGAUGAAGAGUUCAGGACCUGGUGCGAAGACGUUGCGGGGCAUGAAGAUCCCGCCGCCAUUUUCGAUAUCUUGAGAUCCGACAAGGAUAUCAUUGUGAACACUCUGGAUAAGAACACGAAACAGCUGGAUAUGGAAGAAAGUGUGUGCGAGAAGAUGCGUUCCAAAUACGAGAACGAAUGGACCCAACAACCAAGUUCGAGAUUAACGUCGACCCUGCGAAGCGAUAUCAGGAACUACCGAGAAGCGUUGGAAGAGGCAGCGAGAAGCGACAACCAAUUGGCAGCAAAAUUAAGGCAGAAUGAAGGCGAAUUCGAGGAGAUGAGGGCGGCAGCCACCCACGGAAGUAUCGAAUCCCUGUUUCAACAUGCCGUCAGCAAGGUGCGCGGGAAAUCGAGCAAUGUUACGAGUCCCUUGGGCAACGAGCCAAACCUGCUAGAUGUCGACUUUGACGAAGGAGGCCCGAGUGUCGUUGAUCAAAUCCACAGAGUGGAGGAGAUCAUGAAGAAGCUGAACCUAAUCAAGAGGGAACGCAACCAAGUGUUGAAAGACCUCAAGGAAAAGGUUCACAACGACGAUAUCUCUGAAAUUUUGAUUCUGAACAAGAAGUCGAUAACCAACUACGAGAACCAGCUUUUCCAGUCAGAGUUGGAAAAGUUCCGCCCGUAUCAGAACAGGUUGCUGCAGGCUAAUCACAAGCAGUCAGCCCUCAUGAAGGACUUAACGACCAGCUUCAACACGCUGCUGCAGGACAAGCGAGUCCGAUCGGAGCAGAGCAAGUACGAGACAGUGCAACGCCAAAGAACAUCUGUCAUGAACAAAUACAAACGGGCAUAUCAGGAGUUCCUCGACCUGGAGGCUGGUCUUCAAGGUGCCAAGACGUGGUAUGCUGAGAUGAAGGAAACCGUUCAAAGCCUCGAGAAGAACGUCGAUACGUUUGUCAACAACAGGCGGUCGGAGGGAGCUCAGCUUCUCAAUAGCAUUGAGCAGGAGCGGUCAACCCGCAAAGACGCACAUGCUGAGCUGGAGCGGGAGCGUCUGAGGGGCUUGAUGGAGCGCAUGUCCAUGGAACCUCCUGCGCCAUCGCCCAAGCCUGCCUCGAAUCGGCCAACGCCGUCGCCCUUGAAUUUCGCCAACAACUCGACCCCACGAUACCCCCAGACCAACUUUUCGGGUCAGUACCAAGUUCCUCAGUCUCCGCCUCCAAACCAGCAGCAGUACCCGAGCUUCGCCGCCCCUCCUACCUCGCAGUCUUACACGCCUCAGCCGGGGAACACAUACGGCCAGCCUGCAUACAAUCCGAGUCAGUACGGCCGCACGCCCGGCCCUACAUCACCACCUCCCCACCAGUCUACGUUCGGUCCAACUGUCCUGCGAGGCCCAGCUUCGCCCCCGCCAACGCAGACCUCAUUCAAUCAGAACCAGCAGUACGGCAGUUUCCCUAACCCACAGCAACAACAGCAGCAAAUGCCUGCUGGGUUCGUCCCGCCGCCUCCGCCUCCUGGUCCUCCGCCACUGGGCCCUCAGCAGACUUUCUACGGUCAACAGGAUUAUCAACAACAGCAGCAACAGCAACAAGGCUAUCCACAGCAAAACCCCCAGAGCGCUUACCCAUCAAGUGCGCACCCCCGGUCAGCUCAGCCUCAACAAGGGGGCGAUCCUUGGGCGGGUUUGAACAACUGGAAAUAAGAGUGGCUGGACUGGUUAGACUAUGAUGGAUCGAAAGCUGAGCACGUAGACAGCACUUCAAGGGGUGGUAGCUUUCGAACGAA